CAAAAACGUUCAUCUAUAAUCUAUAAUCUAACCCUACAAAAUUGCUCUUAAACAUUAAGAAAGUAAUUAAAACAUAAAAAAUCCGUGAAUUCUCGCGCGAUGAAUUGCGAAACUGAGGUUUUGUGAAAUCUUUAAGCGCGCGUUUGCAUGCGCACAAGCGUCGUUUUAUUUUGCCUAAAACCCAGUACGUAUAACAUGAGCAGAAAAGACGUUCUCGGCCAAUAUAGCGUGCCAGCGAUUGGCAGAUCAUUUCCAACAUUUAGCAAAUGAAACCACGUGCGAGCCUCGGCUCGCUCCAAUCAAUUGAUGUAAACUGAGCGAAGCGGACCUUUGUGGGAGCAAUUGCUUUUCUUGCGUUUCAGUGGAGCGGAGGUAGAUCUUUAUUAGUGAUGUGUGGAGCCCAUUGAAUUUGUAUUGAAAGCGGAAUAAUAGAGCAGAUACGGUCAUUAAAAUAGCAAGGGAGUCGGAGAUUACCGGGCGCGUCUAAUUAAUCUGACGUUAUAUGCUUAUUUGGCGACACACGUAUUAGACUGUGCAUAGUCAAUAGCGUUUAAUUUGAAGAAAAUAUCUUUACCUGGAAUCACAGAGUAAUAUGCGUUUUUGUCUCUUCGGACAGUAAGUUACGCAUGGUUGAUAUUUUUGCCAAUAUUUUGCAAUUACACGUCCACCUAUUCCUUUCACCUUUAUAUGACUAUAUGAAAACUAUAUUUUGAAACGGUUGAUUUUUUUGCACGAGAGAAGCGCUUGUUUUUUAGCCGCGAGAUACUCUCCCAUUGCCAAUGCCACAAAACUGCGUCUUUUUCUACGAACCAAGAGCUGUAAAACGCAAGACCCCAUCUCUGUGAAUAUUGCAUCGCCUUCUAGCGCGCUGCAUCAUCUCAUUUGAUUUGAUAUCAGCAAAGACGGGCACCGAUCACUUUCAACAGUUAAGGUUAUUUAUUUUUAUCUCAGCUUCGAGACCAUUUCCACAGAUGCAAAAGGGGACAGCUGUUGACACACACGCAGUGAAACUCCAAGACUGACAGAGGAAAACCGAGACCAAGACGAAGAGCCAUCAGCCUGGAUGAAGUAGAGUGCAGUCCCAGGCGGGAUUACAAAUUGUCUUUUCAAGCAGAUGAACUGUCAUUUUUUUUGUGAGCCAAGUGCUUUUUGAACGGAUGUUGAUUUGCACAGACUGAAGAUUUUUUUUGUCUUUUUGCUACCAAAACCAGUGCCAAAAACUAACUGUGCCAACCAGAAGCAAAACAUAAUUUCCACCUUUUAACCACAAUCGACACCGACGUUAAUUCUCAAUUGUGACCAAUCAUUUUUAGGACAAUUGCAUGUAAUGUUUUAUACGGUAAAAAUACUCUAAACCACUUUUUUUUCUGUCAAAAACCAAAACCGGCUUUGCUCUCCACAAUAGGGUUAAUCAUGCUUUAUGUAAGAGUGGAUGUUAGUAAUGCAUUAGCCUGAGAGGCUUUCCUCCUGAUCGAUUGAUCGAUGGAUGGACGGGUUUACCGAUGGCUGGCACAAGCCUCAUUAAACUUUCCAAAGUGAGCUGCCGCUAAUUCUUUAAAAUAGUUGUCACGUUCCUCACCCAUCAGAUCUCUUAAGUCAUCCAUCUCAAGAAAUCCUUUAUUUUGCUCCUCCCUCCUUUUCCUCUUCCCUACAGACUCUGCACGUUAAGAGCAUGCAGCAAAACCCUUACGAUAAGUAAGAGUCUCCCUAACUCUAAAGGGUUAAAUAUUGAAGCCAUACUAUUCAUCAAGCCAUACUAACGUCAAGCCCUGUCAUCAUUGUGACGCUUCGGCGCUGUCAUUCUUGAAGAGCAGGUGCAUGGGAAUAUUCAGGAAUACUUUUAGAGGUCCUUGGGUAAGACAGUGGUACGGGUUUGACGUUUUGACGUAUUUUGCCAUAUUCACCAGCGAGCCAUUAACAAGUGUACUGUGUUGCCAGUGGGACAGAAUCAAAGUUCGCCCCACUACUUGAAGAGAUACUCUAACUUUUAGAAGAGGUUUGUUAGAGAGAGAGACAUUAUUGAGUUCGCUUGUUGGUCUCCAAGUGUUCCACAUUGACGGAUGAAUCCCGAUUUGUUCAUGCCUGUUCAGUGGGCUCAACCAUGCUGUCCUGCCAGAACCGGGCCCAAGCCCCCCUUGGUUUUAUUCUGUUGGGUUGAGCUUAAUCCAGAGCAGAGACACUCUCGCAAGAGGGUCCAACAUACAUAGGCCCUCUAGUUGACAGCCCCUUUACCUUCACUUAGACCAUCCUUACGUUUCCUCUUUUUUCCUGAACGCUACUUCCUUUCUGGUGCGACAUUUGUCGUCAAACCAGAAACCAUCACACUUGCUGCUUGUUAUACUUCGCGAGUGCCCUAACUGACUACACUCUUCCAAAGCCUUUGUAAUGAGCCUUUGUCCAGUGGUGCCGCCUUUAGAAGAAUAUCAGCUCUUCCCCGUUUCGAAGUUGUGAGGUUGCGCUUGUGAACUCUUUGAAGUUGUCUUUUCAUUGCUUCCCCCUACCUUUAUCUCAAGCCUCAAUGACUUCCUUCUGAAACUACAAAAAAUGUAAAGUACUUAGUAUUUUUCCAUGUGAACUUCUCGAGAACUGACACUGUUAGCUUGACUAUUUCGACUGAACAACAGAACCUCAAUGACUUUGGCGAUUGAAAGGUGUUCUUGUUGGUCAUUUGUAUAGACGUCAAAGCCUAACCAACUGAGAUUUGUUUACGAGACAACAGCAGUUCCUGGAGCUGACGUUGAACAUUGUUUACAAGACACAAGGCUAAGUCGUUGAAACUGUUUCCAUGAAGUUAAUAUACUAUUUCUUUCUAUAGACCUGUUUAGUGAGUCAUUGUGUAAAGCAACUGAAGUGCCAACCAGACUAGAGAACAUUUGUGAAGACUUUGAAGUAGACUUUGAUAUAUAGUUUACACUCAGCAGAAAUGUUUACAUGUUCCGUGUAUAAUAAACUCAGAUUGAGUCUUGAAUGAAUUAGUGCCAUAGAUCAGUUCAUUUUGUUUACAGGCCAAACGAAUCAUUCAAAUGUUUCUUCCUUCUUUUUGCAUUUAAAUCAUUUCCAUAUUUUUAAAGUUGUUAUUUGUUCUAUUGAGAAGAUUUUAAUUCUCUUUUAAAUCCAAACAGUUUGGUGCCAAGUCAGAGUUUUACGACAUUCCAACUUAUCACAUUCAUUACAUUCAAGUAAGCAUAAAAUGUAUAUAGCAUAUAUAGAUUUACCUCAUUGUUGUUGAUGAUUUCCUCAGAAAUGUUUACGCCCUUACUGAGAGCCUCAUGCUUUUUCUUUAACCAUGAUGUGCAUUUUGCAAAUUGAAUAAUUUGCAUACUAGUGUAUGCACACGUGAAAGAGAGAUUACCUUGUCUACAUUACAUAUAUAUAUUGCCACACUGACUUGCAACUUUUGAUAGACAUUCAUUUAAUACAUCAGCUUUUUGUAAGCCUAAGACGUCUUUUGUGCUGAGGCUUCACGUUUUUUGCAUCUUUGAUAUUGAAAAGAUAUUAACCUCCCUGCAUCAAGAUGCCAUCUGCGGCUCUUUUGGUUUUCCUCCUCUUUGGCCCUCUGGUCUCCACGGUGACUAUUACCUCCGAACGCUACUCAGCAAAUGGGGGGCCGGUGAUGGUUCUGCUGCGUGGACGUGGCCGUAAGGUCCCUCCUCCUCAGCCCGACGCACGGGGCAAGGAAGCUGCCGCCAUGGCAGCAGAGCCAGAAGCCGCAGAGAUCCCUCCGAAACCGCUCCCGCAGAUUAUGCUACCCCGCAACAUGACAGCCGAUGCCCUGAAGCCCCCCCUGGGUGCCGCACAGGUGGCACCUCCUCCUCGUCGACAGGUGGAUGUAGAUGUGUGUCAGGGGUACUAUGACGUGAUGGGACAGUAUGACAACACUUUCAACUGCACCAGGGGAACCUACAUCUACUGCUGUGGCACCUGCCACUACCGCUUCUGCUGCGAGCACCAGCGCAGUCAGCUCAACCAGAACUCCUGCUCCAACUACCAUUCACCUGACUGGGCUGACCCGGGGACACCCAUCACCCAGCCCCCGGUACGACACGACCCAGAUUUCGAUCCGCUGCAGCAACAGAGCAACAGCACGGCUUACGUCAUCGGCGGAGUCAUCUCGUUUACGAUGGUCGUAGCCAUCGGGGUUAAAGUGGCCUUCCAUAAACUGUCCCGAAGACCGAGAAACAGAGACAUCAACAUGCCUAGAGCGCUUGUGGACAUUUUGCGUCACCAAUCCAGCCCUGUGCAACAAGGAGAGAGGAACAACACCACAGUCCUCACGACCGCCACGUCCAGCGAGGGGACGCUGGGCUGGCCGUCCAAACACUUGUACACUCCCGUCCUCCAGAGCAAAGAAAACCGAACUGGGAAACACAAUUUUGGCCAGACUGGGUCCAGUCCUAAACACAACGCUACUAUCGAGCGAGUUCCGCGCAUGAAUAACACCCAGCUGGCCUCCACGGGAACGCUGAUCUCCAGCAAGCACAAUAGUUCUGGCUUUCAUCCCUCCCUCUCUCACUCCUUCCACAACCUCGCUCAGCUACCUCCAUCAUACGAGACUGUCAUGAAACCAGAGCUCAAUCGCUACAGCUCCCUCAAGAGAUUAGAGAGAAACCUGGAUGAAUAUUCUGGAUAUUACAGCUCCAAGCGAGGGCCCAACAAUGCUCCGCCCAGCUUCCAUUCCUCCCAGCACCACCUGCAGUGGGGCGGGGACUUUACUCUGGGUGCAAGAGGUACCCUACCGCUAAACACGUCCCGCACCCGAAUCCAUGUGCCAACGUCCACCCCCAACCCCUACCCUUUACCCCAGUCCCAGUACAACCCCGCUUUCGACUCCAUGGGUAAGCCGCCUCGCCGGGUGAUGUCUCAAGACCAGCUUCUGGCGCUGGGGGAGGGCAACACUCUCUCACGCCACUCCAAAAACCAGCAGCAUCAGUAUUACCAACCCAUGACCACCAGCAAGAGCGCCAACAAGCAGACGUUGCGCAAGUCUCACGAACGCCUCCUGGUGUCGCCGGACCGCCUAGAAGAGAGAAUGAUGGGUGGUGGGAUGAUGGCACCCAUGUCCCGUCUCACCCACCACCAUAAAGCGCAGUCCCAGCAGAACGUGUGCGUGACACCAUCACUUGACCGCCAUCACAUGAUCAAAAUGAAUUCGCACCCUACCUCCGGCUGCGAGCAAGAGCAAUCGCACUUGUCGUCCGGUCACGGGGGCGGGGCUUUGAAAUGGGGGGAGGGCCACGGUUCCGGAGCGGUUGGCCACAAUGCGCGCAGGAUGGCCUUUGCCACUAAGCGGCAGAACACCAUUGAACAGCUGCACUUCCUCCCUGGAGGUGGUGGGGGAGGGGGCAUGGGGAUGGGGGGAGGCGGUCAGUCUCUAAGAACUGGGAGCAAGAAUGAAGUGACUGUGUGAGAAGUGAAAGAGGAAAGAUGGCUGAGGAGAUGAUGGACAGAUUAGGUGUUGACAGUUGACAGUGGUGUAUGAAGAAGGCUUUUGAGCGGAGAAAAAAAUGAAGAACGGGAACAAGGAAGGGAAACACGGCUUUGAGCUGAGGGUGCAAAGAAGGCUUAUUAGAGGAAUUGGCAAAAGCUGUGAUUUAGAGAAGGAUAGAGAGGGAUGUGAAACUAUAUCAUUUGUGAUUUUGUGGAACCCCACAUUGCCAAAUUCUGGAACAAUACAUAAAGAGGGGGUUCCAAAAUCCUCUAGUGUGUGCCAUGUAGUGUUCUGACAGCACCAUUCAAACAUAAGAUGCAAAUAUAAAACUAGAGUUAAUAUAAAAUAUGAAAAAGAGUUAACUAUUUAAAUAGGGCAAGUUUUUCUCUAGUUACAACAUUCUUACAACAUUUGAAUCGGUUUAAUAGCUGUUUUCUGUUCAUGUUGAAAUCGACAGACAGGAUCUUGCCUUAGAGUUCACUGAAACAUUAGCAGAUUUUUGGUUUGCGAUGCGACAGAAUGACAUCACACAUCGUGGAUGUCGUGGAGGUGUGUCUUUGUAAACAAGGCAACGAUGGGAUAUGCUGGAUGAAACUAGGAAGCCUUCCAAAAGUACAUUGAAUUACCUCGUGGAGACUUAUAUUUGACUAUUCUCAAAACAGAUGACUUGGGAAUGGAUAUUGACUUGAAGAGAGCAAGAAGUGCACGUUGAGUUUGCCAUCCAGUGACAUCAUUGAUAGCUACUGGCAUUCCCUGCACAGAUGAAAGCGAAAAAUGUGAAGGACAUCAAAAAUGUCACUUGUUUUGUGACUUGACUCUUUAGUCUGCACUGUUAUAUAAAUCCAAAUGUCAUCAGCCAUAUUAGAUGCUUAUUCAUAUGAUAUACUACAAAAGGGAAACAUUUUCACUGAGAGUUAAUAUAUUGGAGAGUUUUUAGGCUCUUACACUGUCUGAGACUGCAAAUCCCUCAAGUUGACAUGAAUAAUUGUCACAGUUUGUUGUUAAUAUUUUGCAUUGUGGAUAACAUUUUGGCUGUUUUGUAAUACCUUAAAUACGAAAUCUUAUCAUAUAAUUGAUUGAUGCAUAACUUGUGCAAUGCAAUCUGGACUAAAAAUGCAAUCAACAAAAACUAAAGAAUUUGGAAAACUAAAGAUAUUAGUAAUUUCAGCCUUUAUAUUUGAUAGGUAAAAUCUGACAACAGCCCCGCCUCUUUCUUGCAUGUUUGACCAAUCAAAGGACAGCAAAGUAUGACAGCAUCAACCAUUCCAAAGUUGUUAUGGUUGUUCUGUUAUUUAUGAGCAUUUAAGACCAGAGGAUUAAUUAUGGGCAUGCAGCAAAAAAGACAACAAAGUUUUUAAACUUCAUUUGGAACAAGCUGUGCACUACGUAUUAAAGGGGGAUGGGGUUUGGUGUCACAGUGGACAAUUUAAUUCAAGGGCUAUUCUGAAACUAAUUUGUGUGUGUCUGUGCUUCCGUGUUCUGAUGGCUUUUUAUCUUUUGCUGUGUCAGUAUUGGGGACACGGUUGUGCUGAACAGAGGCUACAUGCCAAUGAGUGUACAAAACUACUGCUACUUCAACUUAACACUUUGUGUAACACUACGAUGCAUUAUUAACUAACCGAUGCGUUAGGAUUUAGAAGUAUAAAAAGGUGUCUUGUUUAACUAUAUUAUACAAAAGUGUCUUUCUGUUAGCAAUUAUUGUGUGUUUUUCUACUGUCUACGCAUCAAACGGACAGCGUUGUAGUGGAAUGUGUGAGAAUGACUGGCUGAGGAAGGUUAUUGGGCCAUACUAUAGUAGAUCACUCUGCAAUGUUUAAGCUUUUAUUAACUUUAACCGAAGUUAAAUCUGUUAAAAAAGAAAAAAAGAGGAAAAAUUCAAGUCAAUCCCGAAUGUUUAUUGCCAAUUUACAUGCCAAUUUAUAUGCAUAUAAAUAUACAUAUAUAUAUAAUAUUUCAUAUUCUUAACCAUAAUCAUCAUGAACUGAUUUUUUACUCUGUGAUUUUAGAAAUUGUUUUCAAUUUUUGGUUUCUCUUCAUUUGACUUUCUAGUGGUUUCUAAAUUUUGUCAACAAAAAAGCAGAUGCAAUCAAAGUGAAAAGACAAAAACGCAUGAAGAUGUCAAAGCCAGUGUUGAUGAUGUCAUAUUGCUGACUUCUGAUGUCAAGGUGUGUAUGUGUCCAGGUUGUGCGUCUGUAUUUGUGUGCUUGUGUGUAUUUCAGUGUCUAUUUUGGAAUGCUUUAUCUCACAUUUUGUUUGACCUAGGAUCUAUAUCAGGUCGGAGAAUGUGCAUUUCAGAAAACCCAAGGGAUAUUAAACCCUAAAUAUGAUUUUAUUUUUUAAAUGAGUGUCUCUUUGAAUGCAAAAAAUAAAUGAAUAAAACCUUUUCAUUUUCAUUGCUGCAUUCACCAAAGUCUUUGGAGAUAUAACAUUUAAAGUUAUUUUCAGUAAUAAUGUGAAUUUUCUUGCCAUAAAACAAAAACUUUGUUGUAAAUGUUUAUUUUCUGGGCAAAGUAAGAACUGCAUAAACUAUUUACAGCAAACGGCUUUAAUUAUUAUUAUUUUUAAAUAAAAUCUUCACCACUAUGAAA